CGCUGUCGGGCUCUUCCGGCUCUUGUCGCCAAGCUAAUGAUUUUACAUGAAUUGGAAGCUGGUAUCUAGUGGGGACUCUGUGGGAGGAUGAACACGGAGGAGGUGGAGCUACUGAGUGACUCCAAAUAUAGAAACUAUGUAGCAGCAGUUGACAAAGCACUGAAGAACUUUGAAUACUCCAGUGAAUGGGCAGAUUUGAUAUCAGCACUUGGAAAACUAAACAAGGUUUUACAAAACAAUGCAAAGUACCAAGUAGUACCUAAAAAGCUGACCAUUGGCAAGCGUCUAGCACAAUGCCUUCAUCCAGCCUUGCCAGGUGGGGUUCAUCGGAAGGCACUUGAAACAUAUGAGAUUAUCUUCAAAAUCAUUGGACCCAAGCGUCUGGCUAAAGAUCUUUUCCUGUACAGUUCGGGAUUAUUUCCUCUUCUUGCCAAUGCUGCUAUGUCGGUCAAACCAGCAUUACUCAGCCUGUAUGAGAUUUAUUACCUUCCUUUGGGAAAAACAUUAAAACCUGGUCUGCAAGGAUUGCUAACGGGGAUUCUGCCUGGUUUAGAGGAGGGAUCAGAGUAUUAUGAGAGAACCAACACAUUGUUGGAGAAGGUUGCUGGUGCAGUUGACCAAUCAGCAUUCUACAGUGCCCUUUGGGGUAGUCUUCUUACCAGUCCUGCGGUUCGGUUACCUGGAAUCACAUACGUCCUUUCCCAUUUAAACAGGAAGCUUUCAAUGGAAGAUCAGCUCUAUAUAAUUGGCAGUGACAUUGAGUUAAUGGUGGAAGCGGUAAGCACAUCAGUGCAGGAUUCCAGUGUAUUAGUACAAAGGAGCACAUUAGACCUUAUACUCUUCUGCUUUCCAUUCCAUAUGAGCCAGGCAACGCGCCCAGACAUGAUCAGAAUUUUGUCAGCAGCCCUUCAUGUAGUACUACGCAGAGAUAUGUCUCUCAACCGAAGGCUUUAUGCAUGGCUUCUAGGUUUUGAUAAUAAUGGUGCUAUUGUAGGACCUAGAAGCACAAGACAGAGCAAUCCUGAGGAACAUGCCACUUACUAUUUCAAUACCUUUUCUAAGGAAAUGUUGGUCCAGGCAAUGGUGGGAAUCUUACAAGUUAAUGGACAUGGAGAAGAGAGCACACUGAUGCAGGAUCUAAAGCCUUUUCGGAUUCUUAUCAGUUUACUGGACAAACCUGAACUGGGACCUGUAAUCUUAGAAGAUGUAUUGAUUGAAGUAUUUAGAACAUUAUAUACACAAUGCAACGCUGAGCUGGAUCUUCAGAUGGAACCUUCCUUCAGCAAAGAUCACACACAACUAAGCAGCAAAUUGAGGGAAAAUAAGAAAACUGCAGAGCUGAUUAAAACUGCCAAUCUUCUCUUUAAUUCCUUUGAGCCUUAUUAUAUGUGGGAUUACAUUGCUCGUUGGUUUGAAGAAUGUUGUAGGAGGACACUGCAUGCUAGACUUCAGACUGGGCCUGUAGGUGGUAAUGAGUCAUCUGAGCUGCCCCUGACCAAUUUGUGCCUACUAGUGGAUUUUUUGUUGGAUAUAGUUUCUUUGCCUACUAGAAGUAUGAGAGUGCUGUGUCAGGAGACCUACAUUGAAAUACAAACAGAACACCUGCCUCAGUUGUUGCUCAGAAUGAUUUCUGCAUUGAUAAGCCAUCUCCACACUUUGCACUUGUUGGAACUAACUGAUUCCCUCAGGCUCUGCUCAAAGAUCCUUAGUAAGGUUCAACCUCCGCUGUUGUCUUCAGGUAUCGAUGGUACUCUGCAGCUUCCAAGUGGACACAACAGCUCCAUCAAAGAAUGGGAAGAUAAAAAGAUGCCAUCAUUUUCACUUGAAAAUCCUCAUGAUGUAUUCGAAGAUGGUGAAAAUCCUCCAAGUAGUCGAUCAUCAGAAAGUGGAUUUACUGAGUUUGUACAGUACCAGGCAGAUACAGCUGAUGACAUUGACAGAGCAUUGAGCGAAGGCCAUGGAGCACCUGGUAUCCCUAUUAUAGGUAGCACAUCCUCAGAGACUGAGACAGCAUCAACUGUGGGAUCUGAGGAAACCAUUGUACACCCUCCUUCCAUAAUUACACAGGGGUCAGCAACUCAAAGUGGGAAGAUGAUCCAAAAGACUGCAAUGCAGUGCUGCUUGGAGUAUGUCCAACAAUUUUUAACUAGAUUUAUCAACUUGUAUAUAAUUCAGAGUAAUUCCUUGUCUCAGCCCUUGGCAACAGAGCUUCAAGUGGACCUUAGUAGAGAGCAAGGACAACCUGCAAAAUGGGAUAGAGAAUCACAAGGAGAUGCUAAAGGAAAAAAAACAAAUAAAAAGCCAAAAGAAUACCUUUCUGCCUUUAUUGCUGCAUGUCAGCUAUAUCUUGAAUGUUCAAGUUUUCCGGUUUAUAUUGCAGAGGGGAACCAUACAUCAGAAUCACAUCCUGAGAAAUCUGAUUUUGACUGUGAACAAGUACAGCCUCCACUGUGGCUUCAGACUCUUAUGAAUGCUUGUAGACAAGCAAGUGAUUUUAGCAUUCAAGGUAUUGCUAUUUCUCUUGUAAUGGACUUGGUUGGAUUGACUCAAUCUGUUGCUGUUGUCACUGGAGAAAACCUAAACAGUGUGGAAACUGCACAGCCCCUAAGUCCAAACCAAGGAAGAGUUGCUGUAGUUAUCAGACCUCCUCUUACUCAAGGCAACCUGAGAUACAUGGUUGAAAAGACAGAUUUUUUCAAGCAUGUAGCUUUAACUCUGUGGGACCAGUUGAGUGAUGGAACUCCUCAACAUCAUCAGAAGAGUGUGGAGCUCUUUUACCAGUUACACAACCUGGUUCCAUCUUCUAGCAUUUGUGAAGAUGUUAUAAGUCAGCAGCUGACCCACAGAGACAAGAAAACAAGGAUGGAAGCUCAUGCAAAGUUUGCAGUGCUUUGGCAUCUCACGAGGGACCUUCAUAUUAAUAAGUCUUCUUCCUUUGGCCGUUCCUUUGACAGGUCUUUGUUCAUCAUGCUGGACAGUCUUAACAGCUUAGAUGGUUCUACCUGGUCAGUGGGGCAAGCAUGGUUAAACCAAGUACUACAAAGACAUGACAUUGCAAGAGUACUUGAACCUUUGCUUCUACUGCUACUCCACCCAAAAACACAGCGAGUUUCUGUGCAGCGAGUUCAGGCUGAGUGCUACUGGAAUAAGUCUCCUCACUACCCUGAAGAAGAAACUGAAAAGCACUUCAUGCAAAAAUUUAGCUGUGGUGAUGCAUUUUCUCACAUGCCUGUAAGCCAAGGACAACUUAUUACACCUAAAGAAAACAGUGAAAAACAACUUAUCAUGGAUGAAAUGGAGAACUUCAGUCUCACAGUCAACCCUUUGAGUGACAGACUUUCCUUGUUAAGUACUAGCAGUGAGACUAUUCCAAUGGUGGUGUCCGAUUUUGACCUUCCCGACCAUCAGAUAGAAAUACUCCAGAGUUCUGACUCUGGCUGUUCACAGUCAUCUGCUGGAGACAAUCUGAGCUAUGAGGUGGAGGCAGAAAGCCUCGGUGCUCAGAAUAGUUCUCAGACAUUGCGAGAAGACUCACCUGAUGAAAUUGUGCAACAGGUGGUUAUUGACUUGAUAUGCAAGGUAGUAAGUGGUCUUGGAGAGGAGACCGAAUCAGUUAAACACGAUCUGCAUCCUGAUGAUGCUUCAUCUAAAUUCAGUACUUUAGAUCACUCUGAAGAGGUUUCUAAAAGUGAAGAUCAAAAUAUUCAAAGCAGCAAGAACAGUUUGUUUGGCAAUGACAAUUCUCAGUUAUUAUCUGCUUCGACUGAGAUUGGACUUGAAAGGCUAAUGGAUUCAUCACCUUGUAUUGAAGUAAGCCCUCAGGCCCCCUCUGACCUUACUUCCAGUUCAACAGAUGCAAAAUCUGGACAAAGAAGUCACAGUAGUAUUCAGUUCAGCUUCAAAGGAAAACUACCAGAAAAAAUGUCAGAAAAAGAAACUAUUGUUAAAGAGGCUGGUAAGCAACCAGGAGCAAAGCCCAAAGUGAAAAUAGCCAGAAGGAAAGAUGAAGACAAGAAAAAAUCACAAACAGAAAAGCUUAAACAAACCAGUAUUUUCUUUAGUGAUGGUCUUGAUUUAGAGAAUUGGUACAGCUGUGGAGAGGGAGAAAUUUCAGAAAUAGAGAGUGAUGUGGGGUCUCCAGGAAUAAGAAAAUCUCCCAGUUUUAACAUUCAUCCAUUAUAUCAACAUGUGUUGCUUUAUCUCCAGUUAUAUGAUUCCUCAAGAACAUUAUAUGCUUUUUCUGCAAUCAAAGCAAUCUUGAAAACAAAUCCUUCUGCUUUUGUAAAUGCCAUCUCUACUACCAGUGUCAACAAUGUAUACACUCCUCAGCUGUCCUUGCUUCAAAAUCUUUUAGCUAGGCAUCGAAUAUCUGUUAUGGGCAAAGACUUCUAUAGUCACAUUCCAGUGGACUCUAACCAUAACUUCAGGAGUUCUAUGUACAUAGAAAUUCUUAUCUCGCUAUGUUUAUACUAUAUGAGGAGCCACUAUCCAACUCAUGUAAAGGUAACCCCGCAAGAUCUAAUAGGAAACCGCAAUAUGCAGAUGAUGAGCAUUGAAAUUUUGACACUUCUCUUUUCUGAAUUGGCGAAAGUAAUAGAAAGUUCUGCAAAGGGCUUUCCUAGCUUUAUUUCAGACAUGUUAUCCAAAUGCAAGGUUCAGAAAGUGAUCCUGCACUGUUUGCUAUCUUCUAUCUUUAGUGCACAGAAGUGGCACAGUGAAAAGGUAGCUGGUAAAAACAUUGUUGUUAUUGAAGAAGGUUUCUCUGAAGACAGCCUUAUCAAUUUUUCUGAGGAUGAAUUUGACAGUGGCAGUACUCUACAGUCACAGCUCUUAAAAGUGCUUCAGCGACUAAUUGUCUUAGAACAUAGAGUAAUGACUGUGCCUGAGGAGAACGAAACAGGCUUUGAAUUUGUCAUUACUGACUUAGAGCAGAUUAACCCACAGCAGCCAAUGACUUCACUUCAGUAUUUACACUCCCAGCCAAUAACCUCUCAAGGCAUGUUUCUCUGUGCAGUAAUAAGAGCUUUACACCAACACUGUGCCUGUAAAAUGCACCCCCAGUGGAUUGGCCUGAUCACUUCUACUCUGCCUUACAUGGGAAAAGUUCUACAAAGAGUGGUAGUUUCUGUAACCCUCCAGCUUUGCAGGAAUUUGGAUAAUUUAAUUCAGCAGUAUAAAUAUGAAACAGGAUUAUCCAAUAGCAGGCCGCUUUGGAUGGCGUCAAUUACUCCACCAGAUAUGAUUCUUACCCUGUUAGAAGGCAUCACAACAAUAAUUCAUUACUGUCUACUUGAUCCAUCUAUACAGUAUCAUCAGAAUUUAAGGCAGCAAAUUCUUGAAUUGUUGGGCCCAAUAUCAAUGAAUCAUGGGGUUCACUUUAUGGCUGCUGUUGCAUUUGUAUGGAAUGAAAGGAGACAAAACAAAAACACUUCUAGAACAAAGGUUAUUCCUACAGCCAGUGACGAACAGCUUCUACUGGUAGAGCUAGUUCGCUCUAUCAGUGUUAUGAGAACAGAGACUGUUAUACAAACAGUAAAAGAAGUUUUAAAGCAGCCUCCAGCCAUAGCCAAGGACAAGGACUUGUAUUAUCUGUCAGUGGAAGGUUCUAGACGUGAUCUCUGGCCUCACCUGCGGCCUGUCAGUGAAUUCUGUGAUUUACAGCUAGGUUGA